UUGUGGUAGUUAGGAUGAUUUGGAAAUGAACGCAGCAGACAGAACAACAUUAUGCUUUGAUAUUAAAAUGGCUGAUGUCUCAAAUAGCGAAAGAAAAGUAAAGCUUACAAAGAACGGGAAAAUCGUUAAAAGACGUCUGAGGAAUCCAGAAGAAUGGCACAAACAAAAACAAAAACGUUUAAGAAUAGCUGGUCUAGAAUAUAUCAACGCAAAUGGAAAAGUGGUUCCCCCAAAGCAGCCUGGUCCAGACUGCAACUGCAGACGACGAUGUUUUCAGAAAGUGCCUGAAGACAUACGGCUGAAAACAUUUCAAGGAUUCUAUUCUAUGAAGACACAUGAUGAACAAAAUGCUUAUCUAUUUGGACUCAUGAGACAAGUAGAUGUGAAGAGAAAAAGAGUUAAAACAAGCAGUCGUCGAACAUGCACAUUUGAAUACUUUGUGAGAGUCAAGGGAAGGGAGACCCAGGUGUGCCAAACUGCCUUCAAAAAUAUUCAUGCCAUCACUGAGAGAAAGGUCAGAGUUCUCUGCAAGAAAAUGGAUGAUGGUGUCAUGUUCCCCAGUGACAAUCGUGGAAAAAAUAGUCAUCGCCGCUCUGGAGAAGUCCGAUUGCCAUCUGGAAUUUUAGAUCAGAUAAAAAAUCAUAUUUAUUCAAUUGUUCACACACACCGCUUAAAAGAUUUUAUCAGGUUAGAUAAAAUUGCAGGUUUAGAAAUUAAUAUUUCUAAGAUGUGGAAAGACUACAUCAAGACUUUUGACCCAGAUAACAUAUCAGCAACUAUGCCUAAGUCUAAGAGGAGUAUGGAACUAGUCCCUCAGGUGGAGCCACCACAGCAGCAGCAACAAGUACCACAGGAGUCUCUGGCUCCUAUCGCAUAUCCCGGCAGUGGGCACUUGGUGAACAUAGCUGAGAACUACUUCCAGAACCAAUAUCAAACAGCUACUCUGGCAACAGGUACAGCCACCAACUUCUAUCAAACCCCAAAUGGAGCACAAAGCAUGGGGAUCCUACUCCAGUCUGCUGCACCAAGGCCAACACAGCCCACCACAGCAUUCAUUGUGCUGCAAGCUAAACCUGAGCCUCAACAUCCUACCAUUACCAUAGACAAUCACUAUGGCCACACUACAGAAUUGAUGCAUCAUCACACAGAAAUUAAACCAGAGAAGAAAAUUAAGAAGGAGAGAAAGAGAGGUCCCAUGGUAAAGCAGUGGAGGUACACCAACAUAUUCCAUGAUGAAAUUAAUGGAGCAGCUCUGGCAGCUAUUAAAACUAGGCUGGGAAUGUACUAUGCUGAGAGUGAUGCUGCUAGGAAGAAGGCCAAGCAGGCUCGGCCUGCAGAUGUCGUCCAGACACAAACUCCCCCUGAACAAAUCCCACAAAUGAGGCAGACGCAUACAGUUACAAUAUACACUUAAUACUUUGAUAUAAAGACUAACAUUUGACUGAACUGUAAAAUAAGUUGAUCUUGAUAUUUGUAGAACAUGCAAAAAGUACAGAAUGUCUUUAUACCAUAAUGAUAGCAAAUAGGUAGUAUUGUGAAUUUAUAGUGUUGCUCUGCAAAUUAACAAUAUUGUCUAAAAUAAUUUUAACAGUCCUAACUCCAUGUAUAAGGCCAAAAGUACCCUGUAUUAGAUAUUGUGGUAGGAGCCCAUGCUAGGGCUGGCUAGAACAAAAUAAUUUCAAGACAGUAGCCAUUUAUAGAUGAAGCAGUUGAUGUAAUGCAAAAGGCUGUUACAGCAAAUACAUUUUAAUGAACAUGACUAAUAAUUAUAAUGAAUUAAUUAAUUUUAAUAAUAUGAUAGUAAUAAUAUAUUGUAAUGCCUUAUUCGUCAUUGCAGCAGAAUUAGUAGUAAGCAUUAGAUGGAUAACUACUCAUGAAAAUCUCUAUAGUUUAGGUACUGAAUAAGAAAAAAAUAUGAAGGAUAUUGUGUAACUGAUCUCAUGGUAUAAUUUGCUUUAUGAUUCGAAAACCAGUGCUUCUAAUACAAAGGUAUUUACGAGUAUUUGAUGUCAAUUUAGUACCUAAAUAAUGAUGUGUUGCUUUUACAUGAAAAUAGCAUUUAAAAUGCCGCAUAUCGCGUAUUAUUAUUUUUUUAUAAUACAUAAUCAAGAAUUUGGGUAUAAUAUCUCGCAUGACCGAUAGUUCUGUAUUGUGCUUUAACUUAAGUUUACUUAAGGGAGCAUAUUUUAAGUAUUAUUAUAUUAUUGAAUAAUGACGCUAUAUUAUCA